AAAGGAAUAAAAUCUCCUAUUUAUAUUUUUACAUAUUUACAUAUAUUUAUAUACAACUAUUUCUUAAUCAUUAACGGAAUAGAAUGUCUUUGAGUUUAUUUAAACAUCUAACUUUUUCAACUAAUAAGGCACUAAAUCCAUCACGCAUUGUUAUAGCAGCAGCAUUUCAUACUAGUCCUCUCUCAGCUAAUGCAACCCCUGCUUCAUCACAAUGGACACCUAACUCUGUUCGUACAGGCGUCAUUGCUAGAAAGAAAGGCAUGACAUCUGUUUGGAGCGAAUCUGGUAUUCGUAUGCCUGUUACUGUUUUACAAUUAGAAAACGUGAUUGUUACAGAUAUUCGUACUGAAGAAAAACAUGGCUAUAAUGCUUUACAGAUCGGAUGCACAGAAAAGAAAGAAAAAAACGUAACAAAGCCAUUAAUUGAACACUUUAAAUCGUUGGGAGUUGGACUUCGACAAAAGUUAUUUGAAUUUCAAAUUACUAAGGAUGCCUUUUUACCUAUUGGUACUGAAUUAACAGCUAAUCAUUUUGUUACAGGUCAAUAUGUGGAUGUGACAGCGCCUUCAAUUGGUAAAGGUUUUGCUGGUGUCAUGAAAAGAUGGAAUUUUAAAGGUCUUCCUGCUUCUCAUGGUGUAUCACUAACACAUCGUUCAGGUGGUUCAACAGGCCAACGUAAGUGGCCUAGUAAAGUAUUUAAAGGUAAAAAGAUGGCUGGUCGUCUUGGUGGCGAAAAUGUUACAGUUCAAAAUUUGAAAGUUAUCAAAGUUGACCCUGAAUUAAAUUUAAUUUAUGUGAAGGGCUCUAUUCCUGGAUUUGAUGAUCAGUUCGUUAAAAUUAAAGAUGCUGUCAAAUUACGCGGCGAAAAGCUUUUUCCAAAGGAAUCCAUCCCCCCUCCUUUCCCUACAUUUAUGAGUCAAUAGUUUAGUUUAAAUAAAAGAAAGAAAGAAAGAAAGAGAGAGAGAGAGAGAAACAAAACAAAAAGAAUAAACAUA